ACCUGGGAGACUGGCAUUAACUCGGCUUCCCGGAACUGAGCAUGCAGGCCCCCCCCUCCCCCACGAGGUCCCCACAGACAUUCGUGCCUUCCCCGAGUUCACGACUUAGGUAGAGGCUGGAUGGUCAAGUGUGCCUGGAGUGGUCCAGGACCCGGAAACUCCGGUCACCGGCUGGGGCUGGGCUUCCGGAUGACAUUCUAGGUCCACUGAGGUAGCGGGGUCCCUCGGGAUCUCUGCCAACAGAUCCCCCCACCCCCGACUCCACCCCAUCAUGUGGCCACCCGGCUCCGCCUCCGCCCCAGUUCCUGUUUCGGCCUCUGCUGUCCGGUUUCGGCCCCUAGGGCUCCCCGCAGACGCCAGCUCUUCCUCCUUUGCCCGGGGCCUCUUUCUGGGCGUCCGCCUGCGCAUCUCUGCUUGCCCCACUGGGGGAUGGGGCCUCCCCCCGGCCCGGCCCUCCUGGAGACUCCGAGUCGACUCGGCCCCUCCGUGACCGCUCGUCACAGUCUGGUGCUGAAGCCCCCGGGAUGAAGGGCGGCGAGGGGGACGCGGGCGAACAGGCCCCGCUGAACCCGGAGGCCGAGAGCCCCCCGGGAUCGGCCACGUACGGAGAGUUCGUGCACCGCGGCUACUUGGACCUCAUGGGAGCCAGUCAACACUCGCUGCGGGCACUCAGCUGGCGCCGCCUCUACCUCAGCCGGGCCAAGCUCAAAGCCUCCAGCCGCACUUCUGCCCUGCUCUCGGGCUUCGCCAUGGUGGCCAUGGUGGAGGUACAGCUGGAGAGCAACUACCAGUACCCACCAGGCCUGCUGGUGGCCUUCAGUGCCUGCACCACUGUGCUGGUGGCGGUGCACCUCUUUGCACUCAUGGUCUCCACGUGUUUGCUGCCCCACAUUGAAGCCGUUAGCAACAUCCACAACCUCAACUCGGUCCACCAGUCGCCACACCAGCGACUCCACCGCUACGUGGAGCUGGCCUGGGGCUUCUCCACUGCCUUGGGCACCUUCCUCUUCCUUGCGGAAGUUGUCCUGGUUGGCUGGGUCAAAUUUGUGCCCAUUGGGGCCCCCUUGAGCACGCCAGCCCCGGUGGUACCGGCCUCCCACAUGCCUGGGACUCGGCCACCAGUGGCCACCUCCCUUAGUCCGGCUUCCAAGCCCUCCUCUGCUCCUGUAGCCCCACCGCAGGCUGAGCCUUCUGAGGCCUGCCCACCCCGGGAAGCCUGUGGUGGUGGUGGUGGUGGUGGUGGUGGGGAGGCCCAUGGACCAGGCUGGCAAGCAGCCAUGGCCUCCACAGCAAUCAUGGUACCGGUCGGGCUCGUGUUUGUAGCUUUUGCUCUGCAUUUCUACCGCUCUCUGGUGGCACACAAGACAGACCGCCACACGCAGGAGUUGGAGGAGCUGAGUCGCCUGCAGGGAGAGCUGCAGGCUGUGUGAGGCCAGCUGUGUGAGGCUGGUGUCGGCCACCUCUGCAAACACUGCUUCCCUGACCCCACCUGGAGCCACUUCCUGAGGCCACUCUCAGGUAGAGACCAGAUUCCUGGGGUGGUGUCCUGUGGGUGGGGUCUUGGGGCAGCUCCCACAUUCCAAGGUAUUCUCCCUAUAAGCCUGCCCCCUGGGUUUUCUAAGUUCUGCCCUACACUGGCUGGGAGGAGCACGGGAGGAAGUGUAUGGUCCUCAGUCCAGGCUCCUGGGGUAGGUGGAGGGGAGGCAGGAAGACCCUGGUCAGACCUUUGGUGCUGAUCCUUAGCCACUUGCCCCUAUACAGGAUGUAGAGGUCAGGUUACACACCCUCUCAGCUGCCCAGAAGGCAGCCAACCCUUGCUUUAUUUUUGUAGAAUCUACUUUAUGGUUACUAUUUGUUGGGAAGUUUUUCCCCAUCCCCAGAUUUUGAUGAGUUCCACACUCUUUGCUGUAGUUGUUGUAGAGGGGUUUGGGCGUUUCUGCCCUGGCAUAGGUCCAGCCUCUCCUACGAGGAGCCUCCCUAUUUUUGGAGGUUCAAGUUCCUGUACAACUUCCCCAGACUCACACUUGAUGCUUGUAUAACUGGUUCUCACUCUUCUGUGCCAGGGUUGGGGGUGGGAGGGGUGUCCUUGGAGACUAAGGGCCUGUGAGCCCAGCCUGACUGCCUAUCAAGGGUCGGGGUGAGGUUUUAAAGGAGAACGUCCAGUCCCUCCCUAGCCCUUGUUAUAUAGAGCUGUUCUGACACUGAAAUAUUUUUUUUUUAAGAUUUUAUUGGGGGAGGGGAACAGCGUUGGGGAAUCGGGGAGGGAGAACAGA